AGUCAUUACUCCAAACAUCUCCGAUGGGGUCAAUAACUUCCUCAUUUCCCUCCCCAAGUGACGGAGGGUGAACCACCAAGCAAGCCGCAAUUGAAACAAAAAAUGUCGACCGAUCCCACCGCCGAGGAGGCAUCUCAAACACCAAGACCCAUGGGUCAGCUCCUUGAAACGCCCACACCCCCUUUCCCACCACCGACCACUCUAGAGGGACGAGCGUGCACCCUCACCCCUCUGUCCACCACCCAUUACCCGCUGCUGCACAAAGCGCUGUGUUUACCCCCCGCGCCGCCGGGGUUGUGGGAUUACAUGCUCCGCGGCCCGUUUCCCGAGUUCGCUGAGUUCGAGGAUGCGAUGAAUAGUCUCGUCAAUAACGAUAGGGACUCAAAGCAGUAUUUUGUCAUCUCUACUGAUGCCGGCGAUGGAGCAGAGCGCGUACCAAUGGGCAUGGUCUCCCUAAUCGAGAUUAACCCCACGCACCGCAGCCUGGAGAUCGGGAACGUGAUAUACGCGCCAGCCCUGCAGAGGACCGUGGCGGCAACGGAGGCGAACUGGCUGCUGCUAGGCCAUUCGUUUAAGCUGGGGUAUAGGCGCGUGGUGUGGAAGUGUAAUGAUUUGAAUGAGGCGUCGAAGCGCGCGGCGCUGCGGUUGGGGUUUGAGUAUGAGGGGGUGAGUAAGUGUCAUAUGGUGGUUAGGGGGCGCAAUCGCGAUACGGCGUGGUUUGCGAUGGUGGAGGGGGGGUGGCCGGUGGCGGGGAGGGCGUUGGAGGAGUGGUUGGGGGAGGGGAAUUUUGAUGGGGAGGGGAGGCAGAGCGAGAAGUUGGAGGAUGUGAGGCGUAGGAUGGUGGCUCAGUGAGGGAUGGGACGCGGUCUCACAAACACGGCCGAUGUUUAGAGAGAGGUCUCAUAGAGAGAGGCCGCAUAGAGAGGCCAGGCAGAAGUCAGAAAAAUAGAACAGCUAGGAUUAUAGCUUUAUCAGCCACCACCGUCAUCUCACUUGUACCAACACAUCAUAUACUUGGAGCGGAGAGAGGCCUCGUAGAGAUGGGCCCCGUACAGGUCAGAAGAGUAGAGUAAUUGGAAUUAUAGAUCCACUAGCCGCCAUAAUCAGCCACUUACCUUUCUCACUUGUACCAACACAUCCUAUAUUCAGAGAGAGAUUCUAUAGAUGGGCCCCGUAGAGAG